UCACUGGGCAAGCACAUUCAACGAUGCGUGAGCCCUUCAAUAUUUGAACGUUCCUUUCUCUUUCACGCUUUUCCUUUUUCUCUCACUUUCAGUUCUCACGAUAAAUCAAUCGCCCCUUCAACUCAUCAAAGAGAGCACCUACAAUUACAAACCCCGAGUUUUCUCAAUACUUCGUUACCUUGACUUUUUUUUCUUCCGAUCUCGCAAUAGGUUUUUCGUCCCUGCGAAGUUUUUGUUACUCGUACGUAAUUCUCAAUUAGGGUUUCUGAUUUGUACGAUCGAAUAAUCGCCGCUUCGAUAGGUUCUACUGAUUUUUUCUAUUUGUUUUUAUGAAUUAACUGGGAGAAGCAAUUUUUUAUUGAGAAAUUGUUUUCUCCAGGUUUAUCUAGGCAGAUCUAAAUGGGGAAGGGAGGCGAAGAUUAUGGGAAACAAGAGAACACGAGUUCUGAGAAUUCGGACCGUGAAAUCUUCAAGGCGUGGGCUAAGGAUGUGCGUGAAUGCGAGGAACACUACAAGGUGAGAGUGAAAUCGGGGUUGAAUAGCAACGAGGUUGAGAAUCGGCGCCGGAUCUAUGGCUCGAACGAACUUGAGAAGCACGAGGGCCAGUCUAUUUGGAGUCUUAUUCUCGAACAGUUCAACGAUACCUUGGUUCGGAUUCUGCUCGCCGCCGCCAUCAUAUCCUUCGUCCUGGCAUGGUACGACGGCGACGAAGGCAGCGAGAUGGAGAUUACUGCUUUUGUGGAGCCUCUGGUGAUAUUCCUGAUAUUGAUUGUGAACGCAAUCGUUGGAGUAUGGCAAGAGAGUAAUGCGGAGAAGGCGCUUGAGGCUCUGAAGGAAAUUCAAUCGGAACACGCCAUGGUGAUUCGAGAUAACGUGAAAAUCCCUAAUUUGCCAGCUAAGGAUCUUGUGCCUGGUGAUAUUGUCGAGCUUAAGGUUGGGGAUAAGGUGCCUGCAGAUAUGCGUGUUGUGGAAUUGGUUAGCUCCACUUUGCGAUUGGAGCAGGGCUCCUUGACUGGAGAGAGUGAAGCAGUUAAUAAGUCUAACAAACCUGUUUCUGAACCUGCUGAUAUCCAAGGCAAGAGGUGUAUGGUUUUCGCGGGGACGACUGUUGUUAACGGGAAUUGUAUUUGCUUGGUCACUCAGACCGGCAUGGAAACCGAGAUUGGGAAGGUGCAUACACAGAUACACGUUGCGUCCCAGAGUGAGGAGGAUACACCCUUGAAGAAGAAGCUCAAUGAAUUUGGAGAGAGGCUAACCAUAAUGAUUGGAUUGAUAUGUCUAUUGGUUUGGCUCAUCAACGUUAAGUACUUCCUUACCUGGGAGUAUGUGGAUGGAUGGCCGAGGAACUUCAAGUUUUCAUUUGAGAAGUGUACGUAUUACUUUGAGAUUGCUGUGGCGUUGGCUGUGGCUGCUAUUCCAGAAGGUUUGCCUGCAGUCAUCACCACUUGCCUCGCCCUAGGUACUCGCAAGAUGGCCCAGAAGAAUGUCCUGGUUCGGAAGCUAGCUAGCGUGGAAACUCUGGGUUGUACAACUGUUAUUUGUUCAGAUAAAACUGGUACUUUGACUACUAACCAGAUGGCUGUGUCAAAACUAGUAGCUAUUGGCCCUAACGUAGACACACUGCGGGCCUUCAAGGUGGAAGGAACUACAUACAAUCCAUCUGAUGGUAAAAUAGAGAACUGGCUAACAGGUAAAUUGGAUGCUAAUCUUCAGAUGAUAGCAAAAAUAGCUGCUGUCUGUAAUGAUGCUGGAGUCACACAAUCAGAGCAUAAGUUUGUUGCCCAUGGAAUGCCUACUGAAGCAGCAUUAAAGGUUUUGGUAGAGAAGAUGGGCCUUCCUGAAGGAUCCAAGGAUGUACGAUCAGCAAGCUUACUACGUAAGUUGAAUCUUUUUGUCAAAAGUAAUUCAAAUUUUAAUAUAGGCUGUUGUGAAUGGUGGAAUGAACAUGACCGACGGAUUGCUACUCUUGAGUUUGACCGUGAUCGGAAGUCUAUGGGUGUUAUUGUGGACUCUGGUCUAGGGAAAAGGUUUCUUCUGGUUAAGGGUGCUGUGGAAAAUGUGUUGGAAAGAAGCUCUAAAAUUCAGUUGCGUGAUGGUUCCAUUGUGAAACUGGACAAUAAUGCUAGGAAUCUCAUUUUGCAAGCUCUUCAUGAAAUGUCAACUAGUGCUUUACGAUGUUUGGGAUUUGCGUACAAGGAUGAGCUAAGUGCAUUUGAAAACUACAGUGGUAAUGACGAUCAUCCAGCUCACCAGCUUUUGCUUAAUCCCUCCAACUAUUCAUCAAUUGAAAGUGAACUUAUUUUUGUUGGCUUGGUUGGGUUGAGGGAUCCUCCUAGGGAGGAGGUAUACCAAGCAAUUGAGGACUGCAGAGCAGCUGGAGUUCGUGUUAUGGUUAUAACUGGAGACAACAAGAACACUGCUGAAGCUAUAUGCCGUGAUAUAGGUGUAUUUGAACGCAAUGAAGACAUUAGUUCGAAAAGUUUAACUGGUAAAGAUUUUAUGGAACUGCGUGAUAAAAAAGCCUAUCUGAAGCAGCGUGGCGGGCUUUUAUUUUCGAGGGCUGAACCUAGGCACAAGCAAGACAUUGUGAGGCUGCUAAAAGAGGAAGGGGAAGUGGUAGCCAUGACUGGGGAUGGUGUUAAUGAUGCACCUGCCUUGAAGCUUGCAGACAUUGGUGUUGCAAUGGGCAUUGCAGGGACAGAGGUGGCAAAGGAAGCUUCAGAUAUGGUGUUGGCAGAUGAUAAUUUUAGUUCAAUUGUUGCUGCUGUUGGUGAGGGUAGAUCUAUCUACAAUAAUAUGAAGGCUUUUAUCAGGUACAUGAUCUCUUCGAACAUUGGUGAGGUUGCUUCUAUUUUUCUAACAGCUGCGCUCGGUAUUCCUGAAGGAUUGAUACCUGUUCAGCUUCUGUGGGUUAAUCUUGUCACUGAUGGACCCCCUGCUACAGCUUUGGGAUUUAAUCCUCCAGAUAAGGAUAUAAUGAAGAAGCCUCCUCGUCGCAGUGAUGACUCACUAAUUAGUUUGUGGAUUCUAGUCCGCUAUCUGAUUAUUGGGAUUUAUGUUGGAUUAGCUACAGUUGGUGUAUUCAUCAUAUGGUAUACACAUGGCUCCUUCUUGGGUAUUGACCUUAGCGGGGAUGGGCAUACUCUCGUCACUUACUCCCAACUUUCCAACUGGGGUCAAUGCUCCUCGUGGAAGAACUUCACUGCAUCUCCCUUCACCGCUGGUGCUAGAACUCUCUCUUUUGAUGCUGACCCCUGUGACUACUUCCACACUGGUAAAGUGAAGGCUAUGACACUGUCCCUCUCUGUGUUGGUAUCCAUUGAAAUGUUCAACUCUCUCAAUGCCCUGUCUGAAGAUGGAAGUCUUUUGACAAUGCCCCCUUGGGUCAACCCUUGGCUUCUUUUGGCAAUGUCUGUGUCAUUUGGUUUGCACUUUUUGAUCUUGUACGUGCCAUUCUUAGCACAAGUAUUUGGUAUCGUGCCCCUGAGCUUCAAUGAGUGGCUUUUGGUUUUGGCCGUUGCAUUACCUGUCAUUCUAGUUGACGAGAUUCUGAAAUUCGUGGGGAGGUGUACAAGUGCGUCUCAAGCAUCAAGUCCAAGAAGAUCAAAGCAAAAGUCAGAGUAGGCAACUCACUGUAGUCUUUAGAAAAGUUGCUCAAUCCUUCAGCGGUUUGGAAGUUGUUAUCCUUGAGACUGAAGAGGCGACCUCUACUGCAAUUAAUUUUUUGUUAGUACUAUUUUAGGUGUCUCUGUAGUCUUCAUCCCAUUUUAUAAUGAGGGGUGGCUGGGCUUGCAUUGGGUGCACUAUAUGAUACUUAUUUUAAUCUUUCGUUAUCCUUUUUGCCCUUGUUCUUUUAACUUUCAAUGAUUUUAAACAAGAAAGGGAAAAACCUUGAUUUCUUUUUUCCGUUUGUCUUCCUGAAAAAGUAGACAGCUUCUAG